AUGCGAAUAUUAGAAAUAACGAAUACAUUAGAAACCUCAACACGCCCGUUUCCAGCUGUUCCGCAGGAGGCCAGAUCAGAAAGAGAACAGUUACAAAACCGGAGCUGUGAGAACACCACAGUCGGUGUAACGAGGCGCUCGGCAAACCCGUGCACACUCCAAGCAGCGGCUCCGAGCACCUCAGCGAGGCUCCCGGCCGGCAGGACCCGGCGCCGCAGCCCCAGCCGUACACACCUGCCGGCCCUCCCGCAGCAGCACCGAGCCGAGCGCAGCCACCGCUUUCUACACGAAGGCGAAGCACCGAGAGCCACGCGGCUCUCCCCAGCCCGGCCCUGCCCGCUCGGGACGCCUCCAGGCGCUUCUCGGCCUCCCUCACACCAGGCUCGGCGUGCCGCGGGGAGCAGCGCUUCACCGCCAUCCGCCGAACCCGGCCCCGCGCGGGCCCCAGGAGGCGCCGAGGGCCGGGCCCCCACCCCGCCCCGCAGCCCUCCUUCCCGCCCCGCCGCCGGUACCGUACCCGCCGCCCGACGCGGGCGGUGUCCGCCUAGGCAGCCGCUCGCUCCUCCCGGCGCAUCUUCGGCCGCGCUGCGGCAGCGCGCCGUGCCGUGCGGCGGGGCCGCCCUCCAGCCGGCCGUCGGUUCCGCGGGUAGCGCGGCCACGCACUCCUCGCGGCGGCCGCUUUCCCGCGUAGGGAAGGGGGGCGGUUCACACAAAAGGCGGCCGCCGGCGCGGGGCGGGCAGGGCCGCGCCGCCUCCUUCCCCUCCUCCGCGGACACAACGACGCCGCCGGGCCCCGCGCGCGCCGCCCCGGCCCCUCACUAA